AUGUCUUCGAUCAAAAAUCACCACGGUGACGAUGACGCCCAGCUGGCGGCCAUGGGCUACAAGGCCGAGUUGGAUCGCAAUUUCUCCAUGCUGUUCUCCUGGCAACGAUGGAUGCCGAUUCUCUCCUGGAUCACCGGCUGGGUGAAUGUCUCUGGCUGGGUUGCUUUGGUGGCUACCGGUGGCCUUCUGGGUAGCCAGUUGAUCCUGGGUGUGAUUUCUUUGAUGAACCCGACCUACGAGGCCCAGCGCUGGCACCAGUUCCUCAUUUACAUCGCCUACAAUAUCGCAGGAUUCAUCAUCAACGCCUUGAUGAACUCUUUUCUACCUUUGGUCACCCGAAGUGCCUUCAUCUGGUCACUCACCGGGUUUGCGGUCAUUUCCAUCACGGUGUUGGCGUGCGCAUCGCCCAACUACAGCUCGGGAGAAUUUGUCUUUACAGAUUUUAUCAAUCAUACCGGCUGGCCUGAUGGCGUCGCCUGGUUGCUUGGAUUGCUUCAAGGUGGACUCGGUGUCACAGGAUUUGAUGGCGUUGCACAUAUGAUCGAAGAGAUUCCUAAUGCUUCCGUCGUUGGACCCAAGAUCAUGAUCGGUUGUGUGGGCAUUGGAACUGUGACGGGUAUCAUCUUCCUGGUUGUCCUCCUCUUCGUUGCUGGCAAUAUCGACGAUGUGAUCAGUUCAUCCGCGGGCCCUCUCCUGCAGAUCCUCAAAAACGCAACCAACAGCAAUGCUGGAGCCAUUUGUUUGCUCAUGUUCCCCCUGGUCUGCAUGCUCUUUGCAACCACUUCUAUCAUGACAACCAGCAGCCGUAUGAUCUUUGCCUUCGCAAGAGACGGAGGUCUACCAGCCUCACCGUUCUUCAGCAAAGUGCACCCCAAGUUGAAGGUCCCGCUCAACGCCUUGUACCUAAAUCUCGUACUGGUUGUGAUCUUUGGCUGCAUCUUCCUUGGCUCCACGAGUGCCUUCAAUGCUAUUGUCUCGGCCUCGGUGGUUUUACUGGACCUUGCAUAUGGCAUUCCAAUUGCUGUAAACUGCCUCCGAGGGCGUAACAUGCUGCCCGAGCGGCCGUUUGUGCUCCCCAACAUCGUCGGCUGGAUUGCUAAUGCGGUCUCACUGGUGUACAUCUCUGUGACCACUGUGCUCUUCUUGUUCCCACCCGAGCUUCCAGUUUCGGGUAGCAACAUGAACUACUGUGUUGCUGCGAUCGGCAUUAUCAUGGUUAUCUCAACCAUUCAGUGGUUUGUUGAUGGCCGAAAGAACUUCACUGGGCCUCGCGCCGAUAUAGACGUUUUGACCGGGGAGCACCCAGUCACCCAGUAUCCGUCUAACCACGAUGUUGCACCUCGUGAAAAGUAG